AUGCAUUCGAUUUCAUCUCCUGGCUGGAGGCAGUUAGACAUCGCUGUUGUUGGCGGCGGGAUAGGAGGAAUGUGCGCGGCGACCGCUCUGCGCCGUGCCGGCCACAAGGUGUCAAUUUACGAACGUGCCGAUUUUAUCGGUCAGCCCGGUGCUUCUAUUUCGUGUGCCGCAAACGGUACGCGUUGGUUGCACGAAUGGGGUGUAGAUGUCGCUAAAGGCGAUGGGGUAAUUUUACAAAAGCUCAUUAGCCGCGAUUGGACGACGGGCAAGAUCCUGACUGAGUACGAGCUGGAUGAUUAUGAGGAACGAUGGGGAUAUGUGUACUACAUGUUUCAGCGGCAAUCUAUGCACAUAAUGUUGAAGAAUUCAGCAUUGGGGGAGGGAGAGGGGGUGCCGGCAAAACUCUUCUUGAAUCACAAGUGCAAGAACAUCGACCUCAACACCGGUUUGAUUGAGUUUGAGAAUGGGUUGUCAGUCAACCAUGAUCUCAUUGUCGGCGCGGAUGGCAUUGGAUCUGCCGUUCGUGGUGUUCUCGGUAUCUGGCCUGAGAAGCGACCCGCAGAGUCUAGCUGCCUACAUGCGAACGUUGUUACUGAAGAGGCAAUCGCCGCUGGUCUUCCUGACUUUUCUCAAGAUAACGCCCUGCAGUUCUGGGGUGGUCAUGGGGAGAUCUGGGACAAGAUUGUUCUCUCUCCAUGCCGUGGGGGCAAACUGCUGUCAUACUAUUGCUUUUUCCCGAGGGAGAAAAGAGACUACAUGGAUCAUUCCUGGGGGGGACCUGACCGACCAGUGGAAGAAUUGCUUGCGCCGUAUCCUCAACUCGACGCGCAAGUCCGCGGGUAUUUGGCCCUUGGAAAGGAUAUCCAGCCAUGGCGCUUAUGGAUGCACGACCCGUAUCCGUAUAUUGCAAGAAACAUGGUCUGCCUGCUAGGUGAUGCAGCUCACCCAAUGAUGCCUCACCAAAGCCAAGCCGCCUGUAUGGCAAUCGAAGACGCAGCCGCAUUAGGCAUUAUUUUUAACAAGAAAGUUUUCACGGGAGAUAUAUUCGAGUCUCUAUCUACUUAUGAGUCGAUUCGUCUGCCCAGAGCAACCAAGGUUCAGGCAGCAGCGGCACGAGCCUCGCAGAAUAUCAACGAGCGAAUUGGGUUCUCUAGCAAUAUUGACAAUCCUGUAUACGUGAUCAAGAGUGAGCAGGGGAAAUUGACAAUCGAAGAGAUGAAUGCGUGA